CUGAACAUUGUAUGGCUUGAACAACUCCUCCCAUCCAGCUAUAAGAGCUCGGUGGGUCAGAAUACUAUGGAGAGAUGCUCAAGACAUUGAACAAACACGUGGUCUGACGAAAACGAGACAUUUCAAAAGCAACAACUCCUUGAAACUAUAAUUAGGCCUACACAUUAGAGACAUAGGCCUCGUCUACAUUAGGUCACCAAAAUGCAUGCAUAGAACAGUCCCUCGUUUGGGGUUUCUCCUCUUUUUCUUGGGCCAUCGUUUUAGAGGCCCAGAACCAAAACAUUUCGAUGAUGACCUUUGCCAUGCUGCGGCCAAUGGCGACUCAUAUGAUCAGCUACCCAGACCUGGGUAUGAUGUCCGAGGCCGAGGAUAACCGCAGUGAGAGCGACGGUAGCUCGGAUCAGAGCUAUGGAUGCUGCGUCUCCGCUGACAAACGUCGGAGGAUUUCCAGAAAAUCGGGAGGCAGCGGUGUUGUAAUAGUGAAACAGCGGAACGCAGCCAAUGCCAGGGAGCGCGACCGUACACAAAGCGUCAACUCGGCAUUUACUGCACUCCGGACUCUUAUACCCACUGAGCCCGUGGACAGAAAGCUCUCCAAGAUUGAGACGCUUCACUUGGCAUCCAGCUAUAUCUCCCACCUCGCCAACACCCUGCUGCUCGGAGACGGGAAUGGAGAUGGACAACCUUGUCUUGGCGCGGUUUACUUGCAAGGAGAAAGCGGUCGAAAGCAGCCUCGCACCAUCUGUACCUUCUGUUUGAGCAACCAAAGAAAGCGGAUUAAUGAUGGCAAAGAGAUGCGGGGUAUUGGUUCACUGAGGAUGAGCCGCAGAUAGAAGACCAGACAAUAAACCACAGCAACCAGAACCACAACUCCCCAUUCACAACUCAGGGAACACUGAAAGCCGGUCAUAACAGAACCAUAUUCAUCAUCCUGGAGAAUAUGUUACCAGAGACUAUUUAUACUUGAGGGAAAGGCAAUGGAACAAAACAAGGCCUAAUAUGUGAAGCCUUUAGAAAAUGCAGUGCAUUUAUUGAUAGAGAAUUUAUAGAUUUUUAUAUCUGUGUGAUAUUUGUGUUGUACAUGUAUUACAUUUUGAAAUAAAAUAUAUUUUUUAUCUAAA